AUGUCAAAAGGCAUUGGUGAAUGUGCCGUCACUCUUGAAGACGUUGCUCUAAUACUUGGUCUUCCAACGGACGGACUUCCAGUUACAGGGAUGACAUUGAGUAGUUUCGAAGCGUUGGAGGCUGAGUGUUUGCAUCAAUUCGGAGUUGCACCGCGUAAGUCGGAGUGUAGAGGCAGUUGCAUUAAAUUGAGUUGGCUUCGGGACCUUAAAGAAAAUUUACCCUUGACUGAUGAAGUUGGUAUACAGAGGUAUGUCAAAUGCCACAUUAUGUUGCUUAUCGGGACGAUCUUGUUUGGGGAUAAAUCAGGUGCAGCAGGUGUGCACUGGAAGUUUCUUCCAUUGCUACGUGAAUUUGGUAGUAUUAUACAAUACAGUUGGGGAUCUGCAUGCCUAGCACACCUCUAUAGGGCAUUAUGCCGGGCAUCUCGAGUUGACUGUAAAGGCAUAGAUGGCCCACUAACACUUCUUCUCGGUUGGGCUUGGAUGCGGCUCCCAUAUCUAUCGCCGGUUCCUAGGGAGCCCCGCAGUUUCCCGCUAGCAAACAGGUGGCGGAACUGGGAGCGGGGUGACCGACGAUAUAGAUAUAUGAAGCUAGCUGACUUUAGGAAGGCCUUUGAUGAACUUCAGGAAGGCGAGUUUGUGUGGGUUGCGUAUGCUGUGGAUCGCGUGGAUCCUAACAUAAUUCCUCCUGAGAUCUAUAUGCAAUCGGUUGUGUGGUCUGCUACUGUCCCGUUGGUGUCAUUUGAAUGUAUCGAGUGGCAUGCUACCGACAGGUACAGGCGACAGUUCGGUUUCGUUCAGGAAGUACCUCAGCAGGAGCAGAGUCUUGACAAGGCGCAUGGAGAAGUAUCACUACGUUCUUUCUGA